CGUGGAUAUGGCGCGAUAUUACCAAGGAUCUACAGAAGCUCGAUGAGAUUACUGCAUUGACUCACUCGCAACGCCAACUGCUGCGAUAUACCGGCACAAUCCUUCCAGAUCUAGGGCGCAAGGUCCGGCGCGGACUUCUAGAUACAGUUGGAUACGAACAUUGCGGUCGAAGUGCUGGACUGGCGACUUCUACAGUAUAUAUAUGACGAGGGCCUUUCGUCUCAAGUAAUUCUGCAUCGAUGCUGUUUCUCGCGCACUUGAUUCCCUUUUUCUUGUUGUCUCUGGUGAAAUCCAGUCUCAUACAGCCAAAAGUUUUGAUUGUGACGAUGUUUCAAAGUGAAGCCGAAGUGUGGUACAACAUCCCCGAGUUCGAUAUACUGGCCCAGAACAUCACCGUGUCCGGCUUCUCACCCAUCUAUCCGACUGUUCACUGCACGGCCGACAGCUCCGUCUGCAUGCUGACGACCGGGCAAGGAGAGAUCAACGCAGCCUCGACGAUGACUGCUCUGAUUCAUUGCCAACUCUUUGACCUUGCAACGACGUAUUUCCUCCUCGCCGGGAUCGCCGGAAUCAAUCCCAAAGUCGCGACAAUAGGCUCGGUGACAUUGGCUCGGUUCGCUGUGCAAGUGGGCCUGCAGUACGAAGUGGACUCGAGGGAGAUCCCGGCCAGCUUCCCCGUCGGGUACUUCCCACAGGGUGCAAGUGCCCCUGGACAACUGCCUCAAUCAUGGUAUGGAACAGAAGUCUUUGCGGUGAACGAGGAUUUGAGGCAAUUUGCCUUCCGUUACGCGUCCAACGCCGUUCUGAAUGACUCCGAUGGGGCUAAGGCGGCCCGGUCUCAAUAUGGAACUCAAGGGACGUUCGCUAAGGGUGCUGAAGCGCCCAGCAUUACCCUUUGCGACACGGCGACUUCUGACACGUGGUGGAGCGGCAGUCUCAUCAGCGAGGGCGUCGAAAACACACUACAGACAUUCACCAACGGAUCUGGAGUCUACUGCACGACCCAGCAGGAAGACAACGCGACUCUGGGUGCGUUGUUGCGCGGGGCCGGUUCCCAUCUGGUCGACUUCAGUCGGAUCAUCAUCAUGCGUUCCGCAUCAGACUUUGACCGUCCGUACGACGGGCAAAGCAGUCUCGACAACUUACUUGGACCCAUGCCAGGUUUCGGCCUUGCAACGAGUAAUCUUUACAUCGCAGGCGUGAAGAUCACCGAGGGCAUCAUCCAAGACUGGGAAUCGCGAUUCGCAGCGGGGAUAACUUCGAGCUACUAUGUCGGCGACGUAUUUGGUUCAAUUGGGGGGCAGCCUGACUUUGGGCCGGCCAGUAGAUGAAGCGCAAAGAAGACCUACUUCCAAUCAAUGUACUACGAGUGGUUCUUGGAUUAGACAGCACGCCACGCAAUUGAGAAGUGCCCGAAAUAGAGUAGUUCUCGGCCAGAGAUCAUCCGCAGAUCAUCCGCAGUCCAUCACUGGCGCGUGGAGAUAAGACAGAAAGAGACCGUGGCUCUUGGGGGAGGUUGUUGUGUCAAGCGGUCACUUGACAUCCUCAAUCGAAGAGGGGCAGCUUUGUCACUUGUCUCAGAAAAUCAGGAUGAGUCGAAGCCUGGAUUUGAUGUAUCGGUGACCAGACGGGCAUGCAAAAUUUUCCUUGAAGCUGUGGCGAGACUGGUUCAACAAGUCAGCGCGUAGUUAUCACUGGUGGGCCAAAAACAUCGGGCUAUCUAUAAUUAACCGACAAUGAUUUCCGGGCUGUGAUGUCUGUUAUGAGACAGUCAGCAGACACUGCCCCGCAACUUGUUCUCGACCACGACCAUGGCCUGGCAACAUGGCCAAUUCACCCGUUUCACAGCGGCGAACAAUCCUGUUCCCCUCGCGCCUUUGGGCGGAGCACCUGCCACAGUGACAGAGAAGCAGACGCCUCCCGACUCCCUCUUUGGACCCAACAUCGGGCCUAUCGAACCCGGGCCAGCAUGGACGACUCAAGGCCAACCGAAGCGCAUCGUCGAGCCCGAUGAGCUGACGACUGACACCGUGCGAGCCUGGAUCGAAAAGAGUAAGAUCCCCAACACGGCAACGACAACGCUCCAAGCGCUCGUCAAUCUCCGCCGGCCCACCUUGCGUCUUUCGCCCCUGACGCCUACACCCGGCGUCUCAAUGAAAGAUGCUCCGCAUCUAGUCGAAUUCGUAUUCGACUGUGCGGCUGCCCAAUGCGGCGUGCACGUGCAGGUUCAUCUCCCUCCCAACCAUCCUGAUGCACCCGCUCACGGUGGAUCACUGUCCGUCUUCGAUGCGGUUGUCGCCGGCGGGUUUGGUCGGGCUCUGGGCCCGGCGGAUUCGGCCGUGAUCGAGUUGGCACGGUUCGAGCGCGUCCCGCUGGCUGCUGAGGCCUCUGCUGCUCCCGCUGCAGCCUCGACAGUCCCGGCCUCUACCGGUACGCCCGCCCCAGCCCCAGAGCGGAAGCGGUUCACUCCGUUCCAAUUCCGCCGAAAUCGGUCGAACACCGCGUCGUCCUCGUCCCCCGUGGCUGGCGCGGCACUUACCAUCGUUGACACGGAUAAGAAGGCCGAAGGGGAGGCUGACGAUGCCGAUGAGAAGGGUGUGCAUGUGACGAUCCGACUGGUGGCGCUUGACGCCGAGGGCAGAGAGCUUGACGCUCCGAACGAACACACGGUGUAUCUCAGUGUCAGCCGUCUCGGUGCCCCCGCGCUGGAGUCUGUCGAGAACAAAGAUGCCGACGGCGAGAAGGACGCUGAUCCGCGACCCUGGGUUGUGCGUGUAGUGAAACGCGAGGCCACGAUCGGCCCUCACACCUUCCACCUACACGAGAUCUAUGGUCUGAGCAGUGCAGCAGCUCCAGCUCCAGUUGCUCCGAGUUAUCCUCCUCAACCUACCGCCGAGGAACCUCCUGAGCGCGAGUGCCUGCUGUGCCUGAGUGCGCCGCGUGAAGUCGUUCUUCUCCCCUGCCGCCACUUGGUUGCUUGCCGUCCCUGUGCAGUCAACAUGAUCGAAUUUGGCGCUGGCGGUGCCAUUGCACCGGCUGAAGAGCCGUCUGAGCCAGCUGCUGCCACCGGAGCUGCACCGGCCCCGCCGACGGACGCCGAAGCUGCGGUUGAAGGUGUCGUGACUCCGCCUGCAGUGACGACCACCGUGCCACCGCGGAGGAAGCGUAAAGCCAAGGGCUGGUUCUGUCCCGUUUGUCGCCAACCUUACACCUCGCUGCUGCGUAUCACGACCGCGCCUCCCCCGGCUGAUGGCGGUGUUCCGAUCUCGCCAACUACGCCGGCUCCAGUGCCGGUCGCCAGCGCCGAGGAUGGUGGAACUGGGGGCGGGAUUCUGAGUGGAUUGCGGCCCGCAUUCUUGCGCGGGCUGUCUCUGCGCGGACCCGGUGCUGUGCCUAGAGACGUUGAAGCUCAGGCUUGAAUGCUAGUUCGACGUGUAAGAUACGCUGCGUAUGUUUGUACAUUUUGUAUUCUGUUGUUCUACUUUUAUAUGCCACCCGUUAACUGCCUGCCC